AUGGUGGACUGCCAAUAUGGUAUUCCUUAUUUAUCAAGUAAGAGUUGCAGCAGAGCUAAUCGAGCUGAACAACGAUCAUCCCACGUAGCAGUACAUAGCCAAGAACAAAAUGGACAACCUUCUUGUGUACGAGUUUCGAAGAGAAAUCGUCUGUUGAGUGGAUCGCCAGAGGUGCAUUUAGAUAGAACUGAAUUACAUUGUGAUCCUCUUGCGUAUGGUGGCGAUGGUCACCCGGAAUCGUUAAGUGAUAACCGUGGAUCCAAAACAUUACCUCGAGAACGUGCAACCAAGAAAAAACGUAGCAUAGAUGAUAUGGCUCAAUCACAACAAAAAAGGUAUUUGUUUUUGGUAACUGGUGUUACAGUAAUUCCUGCUGCUAUGUCUGGCCAACCAUUGUCAACAAAGCCUCUAAAGUUGUCGUCCCCUAUGCAGUGUUUAAAAUGUGGUGCAAAAAAGUUUGCUUUUGAAACUGUGAAUUUCUGUUGCAGUGGCGGAGAGGUCAAGAUAGCAGCAAAUGAAUACCCUGCUGAACAGCAGCGACUCUUUACUUCAAACGAUGAAGACGCAGUUCACUUCAAAACCUAUGCUAGGUUAUAUAAUAAUUUGUUUGCCUUUAGUUCUAUAGGAGGGAAAUUUGAUGCAAGCACUUACAAGGGCAUAUAUGUAUUUAAAAUGCAUGGUCAGAUGUAUCAUUUUGUUCUAGAUUUAUUGCCUUAUAAAGGCACCCCAAAGUAUUUACAGCUUUAUUUUUAUGAUGGACAAAAUGAGGCUAAUAAUAGGCUUAAAUGCUUUCCAAAGGUCAGGCGAAAAGUGAUUGAUAUUCUUAUGCGAAUUUCAGAGCAGAAUCCAUAUGCAGUGUUCUUUCGAUCUCUCAGAGAAAGGCAUAUUACUGUGGAUACUAAAAUUGUGCUCAAUCAGAGUACAGUGCUAGACCAGCGUGUUUACAAUGCCCCUGCUGUAGACGAUGUUGCAGUCAUAUGGCCAGACAACGCUUCUUCUAGCCAAAGUUUAAGUCCUCAUAUCUUAGUAGCUGGUAGAUCUGCUACAUCUCAUAGAAUCUAUCAUAACUAUGGUUGUUAUGAUCCAUUGCAGUAUCCUUUGUUAUUUCCUCGUGGGGAAUGUGGUUGGACUCAAGGAUUACAAAAGCAGUCUCAUGGUGGAGUAAGAAACACUACUCCAUUGCCAGAUCCAAUCAUGUCAUGUGCUGUGCAUAGUGCUGAGGACUUAUUGAAUGAAGAAGAUAAAAGAGCAAGUAAAAAGAACACUAGAGCUGACAAGUUCAUUUCUGCACGAGAGUACUAUGCCUACAAGUUGCAAAUUCGGCCUGAAAACAUGUUGUUGCGAGCUGGAAGAUAUUGUGGUGAGACUGUUGCUCAUAAUGUAGGACGUAGAGUAAUCUUACCUCCUACAUUUAUAGGAGGACCUCGAGAUAUGAAGAAACGUUACCUAAAUGCCAUGGCUUUGGUUCAGAGAUAUGGGAAACCAGAUUUAUUUGUUACUAUUACCUGCAAUGCUAAUUGGCCUGAAAUAAAGGCUGAGUUAGCCCCGGGUGAAACAGCACAAGAUCGACCUGAUUUAGUAGCCAGAAUUUUCAGAGCCAAAUUGUUAUUGCUGAAGAAAGAAAUAUUGGGAAAGCAAAUCUUUGGUGAAGUUGCUGCAUUGGUGUAUGUUAUUGAGUUUCAAAAGCGAGGUUUACCACAUGCUCAUUUCUUGAUCAUCUUGAAAUCAGACUGGAAGAUGAAAUGUCCUGCUGAUUAUGAUAAAUAUGUGUGUGCUGAAAUACCACCUGUCAGUAAUAGCAAUUUGAGGCGGACUGUGCUUGCACAUAUGAUGCAUGGCCCUUGUGGUGUGUUAAAUCCGGAAUGCCCUUGCAUGCGUAACAAAGGUGGUAUAUUGUCCUGUAAAAGUAAAUAUCCUAAACAGUUUUCAAAUGAGACGACUAAUAAUAAAGAUGGUUAUCCCAUCUACCAAAGACGUGAUACUGGGGAGCAAGUGAAGAUACGUAACACAUACCUUGAUAAUCAGUGGGUUAUCCCGUACAAUCCUUAUCUUUCUUCACUGUUUGAUUGCCACUUGAAUGUUGAGGUUUGUUCCACAAUUAAAGCAGUGAAAUACCUAUAUAAAUACGUGUACAAGGGUCAUGAUAGGGUUUCAUUCAAUGUAGUACCAGGUGAGAAUAACUCUGUUGAUGAAAUUAAUCAAUUCUAG